UCGGGGGAACCCGCCGUUACGCGUCUCUUCGCUUUCCACCCCGACUUUCGAAAGAGAGCGCGCGAGCUUCGUCGGUCAAUCGGACAUUCGCGCGACAUAUUUGCGCACGGGAAUUGGUAGCCACCAAUUGCAGCAUCCGUGACGGGAUCGUCGAGCCAGGGUGAUCCAGGGAUCGAGGGAAAUAGCAGGAACGGUGCCUUAGGGAGUCUCGGUGUGUUUAUAUCGUAGAGGUGUCAACGUGCGCGGCAUCGAUGAUACUCCGCAAGGAUGACGUAACCUGACGAGAAAAGACGCGGCCGAUUCCCGCGCCAGUGAGCCGUCUCAGCUCGAGCAGCCUAUUUUCAGGUUAUGUCCGUCGUGAUGUCAGAUCUCUGCAGGCACGUCGCAGCCGCCGCCCGUCGUUGAAGACUCCACGGAGCCCUAAGUUGCAGAAGGAAAGUAGUUACAUUUAUACUGUGGAAUUAUUGGAAUCUUAUCGAAGGAAAGUAAGAAGUGAAACUUCAAAAUGGUGUUCGAGUCAAUCGUUGCGGAGCUCCUCAAUAAGGUGCUCGGCGAGUACAUUGAAAACUUGGAUUAUUCACAGCUGAAACUUAGCCUCUGGGGAGGCGAUGUUGUGUUAAAGGAUUUGUUAAUAAAGGAGUCUGCAUUGGACGUGUUAGAUCUUCCAGUAAGAUUGGAAUAUGGCCGUCUAGGCAAAUUGAUACUAAAGAUUCCAUUCAAAGAUAUGUGGAACGGCCAGAUAGACGCGAUAGUUGAGGAACUGUUCGUACUGGUAGUGCCUACGAGUCAAGUUUCGUACAAUGAAGAAAAAGAGAUCAAAGCACAAUUAGAAGCCAAAUGGGCGGAGCUCGCGAGAGUGGAGAAGAGAAAACAACUAGCGGACUUAAAGUCGCAAGAGAAACUGGACGACUCGAUGGUCGAGAAGCUGAUCGCUCGCAUGAUCAAGAACAUUCACGUGGAGAUCAAGAGGAUCCACGUGCGAUACGAGGACCACGUCACCUUCAAGAAUCAUCCGUUCUCCGUCGGCUUCACCUUGAAUACCUUCGUCCUGGAGAGUUGCACGGACUCCUGGGAGACCACCGGCAAUCUCAAAGACAUGUACGCCAUCCCACAGAUCUACAAGCUGUGCGGCCUUGACGGGCUAGCCGUCUACCUGAACACGAGCGUCGAGCAGUACAGCAAAAGCUCGCAUUCGUCGUAUCCCGGUCUCUUCUGCGACGGCAUCGCCACCAUGGAUUACACACCGGCCGAUUAUCAAUAUCUACUGGGGCCGAUCAACGUGAACUCCAAGCUCAGGCUCAAUCCCAAACCGGAGUCCGACGGCAGCAACUACACGAUCCCCAAGGUGUGGUUGGACCUGGAGAUGCUGAAGUUGCGAAUCGGCCUAACCAAGCGCCAAUAUCAGACUUUAGUGCGGCUGGGCGAAGGCCUCGACCAGGCGCAAAAGGCCGCUCCGUACCGCAAGUACCGACCUAAUCUGAUGUCCUACAAGAGCCACUACAAAGAGUGGUGGCGUUUCGCGUACACUUGCGUGCUGGAGGAGACCGUGAGGCGGUGCCGUCGUAACUGGAACUGGAACCACAUGAAGCAGCACCGCGACACCUGUCGCGACUACGCCCGGGCCUACCAAACGAAGCUGACGAUGAAAAAGCUGACGAAAGAUAUCGAAGAGCAGUUGAAGCACUGCGAGUCGAAGCUCGACAUCUUCAACCUGGUGAUCAUCCGGCAGCAGAUCGAGAUGGAGGUGGAGCGGCUGGCGGAGAAGGAGAAGAGCCUGCGUGCGAAGCGGGGUUGGUUCGGCUUCCUGUGGACUAGCUCGCAGGCUGAGGAGACGAAGGAGCUGAACUCGGCAGCCGCCAUCAUGCGCAGGUUCGAAGAGGCGAUGACGCCACAGGAGAAGGAGAAGUUGUACCGGGCGAUCGAUUAUCAGGAGAACAGCGCACCCGCGCAUUACCCGGAGGCCUACGAGAUGAUCGACACGCGUUUCUUCCUGCACGGUCUACAGAUCUCCCUGGUGGACACGGACAGGGAGCACUCGUGUAUUCUGGACCUGCAGCUGCACGACGUGCGAGCGGGCUUCAGGUCGCGGCCGUCGGCCAACGCCAUCCUCGUGACCGCCUCCAUCAGCGACAUGAAGCUGUUGGGCGCGAUGCAGGACGGCCGCGUGCCUUCGCUCUUCAUCUCGAAGCACGGUAGCUCCGACGACAGCUCUCUGCUGUCGGUCUCGUACGAGAAGAACCCGCUGGACAAACUGUGCGGCCACCGGGUGAUCGUCAACUCCAGAUCGGUCGACAUCGUGUACGACGCGCAGACGAUAAUCGAGCUGGUCAACAUGUUCAAGGUGCAGGACUCGUCGACGCUGAGCCAACUGCAGACGGCCGCUGCGGAGCAGCUGGAGGGCUUGAAGGAGAUGUCGGCGCUCGGACUGGAGUAUGCCAUAGAGAAGCAUUCCGUGCUGGACAUACAGGUGGACAUGGAAGCCUCGCAGCUGCUCAUACCGCACGGUGGCCUCUACGACGAUUCGAAGGCGCUGAUCGUCGUCAACCUGGGCAGCCUGAAGAUGCACUCUCUGGAGAAAGGCAAGGACGACAUGACCGGCGCCAGCGUGAAGCAGCUGGUCAGCAUGGGCAAGAGCGAGCAAGAUAUAUUGCUGCAUUUGAGGGAACACAGCUACGACAAGUUCGUCUUGGAGAUAGUCAACUUCCAGGUGUUGGUCUCACUGCCGGACGAGGAGUGGCGGACAGCGUUAGCGUGCAGCGAGAGCUCCCUGACGUUGCUGCAUCCGACGACGUUGGAGAUCCAGUUCCAUAAGUGCCUGGUGACGGACGACCCGCUGCUGCCUAAGCUCAGGCUCCUCGGCCGCCUGCCGUCGGUGACCGUGAACAUAGCGGACGUUCGCCUGCUGCAGGCGCUCUGCAUCGUGCAGAGCAUCCGCUUGCCCGAGGAGGAGAAGCCUCCGGCGGAGUUGCAACGCACUUCGCUCUCCAAGUCCGUCUCUCAGUUGUCCCUGAGAGAACUCACUACCGGUAUCAUCGCCGAGAAGAAGAAGCACGAGGCGGCCCUGCCGAUGAAGCAGACCACCGACCUGGAGAUGAAGUUCGAGAUGAGUGAGUUCACGCUGUCCAUGUGCAGGCAAAACGAGGCUGUGACGUCGGAGUUCGUUAGGUUCCAGGUGCUGCAGCUGGAAGCGGAAAUGCUGCAGCGCACGUACGACCAGGAGGUGCUGCUGAGGCUUGGUGGCGUGCAGAUGAAGCAACGGCACGGGGACCAGGAGAUCUUCAUGAUCAACACCCCGAUGUCGGCCGGCAAGGACGAGUACCUGAUCGUCGUGCGUUACGUGAACGUGAACAAACGCUCGCCCGAGUUCACCACCCGGCACGGCUCGGUCGUGAAGCUGCUUCAGCUGGAAUUCACCUCGCUGGACACUCUGCUGCACCAGGAGGCGCUCAUCGAGCUGCUGAGGUUUGGCACGUACAUUCAGGACCAGAUGAACUCCUUGUCCGCGACGACUUCCCCGAAGAAGGAGGUGCGCGCGACCCGACCGACCAAUUUGACCGUCAUUCCGGAAGAGACGUCUGGUUUCCUGAAGGAACAGCUGCAGAAACAGAGGCUGUGGCCUGCCGGUCGACGUAAACGAAGCACGGUCGAAUGCAUCGACCUGAAGGUGAGCGCCAAGAUCGGCUCGAUCAACCUGAAGAUCUCCAGCUCCGCCAGGGACAUCACCGCGCUGUACGUCGAGAGGAUCAGCGCCGGCUUCCUCAGCAAGUCUUCCUACUCGCAAGUGAACGUCGACCUGGCCUCCGUUAGCGUCAAGGAUCUCAACCCCAGCUGCGCUUACAAGGAUAUCGUGGCGGUGGAAGGCACGGAGUCCUUGCAGGUCCGAAUGGUCAUGUACAAUAUCGAGCAAUGGGAAGUGGACAAGAACAACAUGUCCGUCAGGGUAGUGAUGGGCUGCCAUCGGAUCGUGUUCUUAAACGCCUUCGUCUCGGGCGUGAUGAACUUCUUGAACAACUUCCAAGCGGCGCAGAAGGCCAUCAGGGACGCAUCAGCGGCGGCGGCGGAGGCGGCGAAGACGAACAUCAAGGACGUGCAAGAGAGCGCCUCUCGCAUCGAGCUGGACAUCAAGAUCAAAGCGCCGGUCGUUUACGUGCCGAUGAAUUCUAAGAGCGAGCACAGCCUGAUGCUGGACAUGGGCAAUCUCAAGAUAUGCAACGUCUUCAAGAAGCUCGAGGUGUCCAACGAGGAGUCCGGCGAAUGUCCCAUAGUCGACGAGAUGAGGAUCGAGCUGCAGAACUUGAAGUUGUCGCGAGUCCGGCUGAACAUGAAGGAAUUCGUGAGCGAGAACGAGGUGCUGCUGCUCGAGCCGGUGACUUUCACGCUGCUGAUGAAGCGCAACUUGUCGACCGCCUGGUUCACCUCCAUCCCGGACAUCGAGAUGUCCGGCAGGUUGAACAGGAUCAAUCUGUUGCUGAGCAAAGAGGAUUACGCGACGAUCCUGAAGGUAGUGGAGCAGAACCUGAGCGAGACCUUCGAAGAAGACGCGAAAGUCGCGCAACCCGCGCUACCGGCGAUCAAGCCCGAGCAAGGCGGGGAGAUUCAGCCGGCGUACCGUUAUGAGGCGGACGCCUCCAGAGAGCCUCGGACGACGGACACGCAGCAGUUGCACGCGCACACAUCGGUCAAGUUCGAGUUCAUCAUGGACAGCCUGGUGAUCAAUCUGUACACCGGCGGCUCCAAACUGCUGCAGUCGCAGAGUUCGCCGUUGCACCUGCCGGAGAACGGGUUGGCCCGGUUCAGCCUAACCCACUUCGCCGUGAAGGGCCGGGUGUUCGCUGACGGCCUCCUGGCCACGUCGAUCUUACUGAUGAACUGCACGCUGGACGACACGAGGCAGAACAGGGAGGGCUCGCUUGUGCGGAUCAUGGAGAGAACUAGCGUGUUGCCGAGCGGCGAGGACCUCGACAAGGAGGCUAAAUACACAACCAGGAGCAUGCUGGACGUGACAGUGCGCCAAGGCCCGAACGACAUAUUCGCCGAUGUCCGUGUGUUCUCUUUCAGCAUCAUCGUGUCCCUCGACUACCUCAUGAAGAUCAAGGACUUCUUCGACGUAGACACCGCCAACAAAAGCACCGCCGUCGCGCAGCCCGUGUCGAAGAAGAAGCAGCAGCAGCCGUCGCAGCAAGCUGCUCCGAGCCCCAAGAUGUUGACUGUGUACCUACACGUGGAGAAGCCGGAUAUCAUCCUGCUCGAGGACAUGGACGACAUCAACUCGAACUGCAUAGUGCUGAACACGGAACUGCUGCUGAAGGUGCGCAUUAUGGGCGAACAUCAGGUGAUCAGCGGCACCGUUAAGGAUCUCUCCCUGUUGACAGGGAUAUAUAAUCCAACCAAGAGAGCUGAUUGGAUCUAUCAGGUGUUGAAACCUUGUAGCAUCAGCGUGGCCGGUUCCACGCCCGAGGGCAAAGGGCUCCACUUGGAUAUUAGUUGUACGGAUAUUCACAUCUCCGUUUCGCCAGGUGUAAUUGAGAUAUUGAACAAGGUCAUUCAUAUGGUGACGAAAAAGGAGGAGGAGGACAAGGAAGUCGUUAAGCCUGAGCCGAGUUACGAGGGACUGUGGAUCAUCACGCCUUUCGAGGAGAACGAUUACUGGUUCCUGAAAACAGAAGUCGCAACAGAAGCUCUCGAGGAAUUCACGUACUCAGACGACGUAACGGUUUAUAAGCCCGAAUUGGCGCUCGUCUCAGCACCGACGAUCUUGCUGACUCUCGAGGCGGGUGUCGGCAACAAGACUCUGCCCAUGCUGUUGCUCUAUGUAGGCUUCCAGAGUAACGUCAACGAUUGGAGCACGAAAACCAUGAGCAUGGACUGUACCAUGUCUGUGGUCAUGGAGUACUACAACAGCCGGCUCGCGUUGUGGGAGCCGUUGAUCGAGCCGAUAGAGAGCUGCAUUAACGGCAAGCGCGUGUCCACGUCGUGGGAGUUAAAAACCAAGGUUCAAUUCAACGAUAUAUUACUGGACUCCAGAGGUGCCAGCGCGACCAGCCCCACCUCGGACAGCGAGUUGGACGAGCUGCAUCAGUCUACCAAGAUGUCCGUUGACAUCACGUCCACUGACAAUCUGGAAAUAACGGUGACGAAGACGUGUCUGGACGUACUGAAGCAGCUCGGCCAGGCGUUCUCCUCGGCCAUGGACGCCAGUAGAAAGGGACCGGCGAGGAAAGUGGCGCCGUUUCUACUGAAGAACGAGACUGGCCUAGGGAUGAUACUGGAUCUGGACCACAGUCCUUUCAAGAUUUUCGAUGACGGGUCGAGAAUGAUAAGGAACGACAGCGAUUCGUACAUGGAAGUGAUCCUCGAGACCGGGGCGUCGAUCGAGCUCGCGCCGAAAACUACCAAGUCGGACACGCGUCUUCUUGAGCAAUUGAAGGGGGAGACUGUGAAGGACAGGGAGAGCAACAAGUUUUCUGUUUCCUUUAAAGGUAUCCAAGGCAAAUUGGCGAUACCUGUGCUAAGGGCGGACAAGAGGUUCUUCUCGUUGAAGCAUCGCAAGGAGGGCUCCGAGGAGUGGGGCAUUGUGUCGGAUGUCGUCGUGGAGGAGGGCAGUACGAUCGUCACUCUUCGAAGUAUUCUUCAGGUUCACAAUCACUUCGUGCAGCCGAUAUCAGUUUACUACAUGACGAAACGCGGCAACGAGGUGGAGUGCGUAGGCACAGUGGCGCCGGACGAGAAGCUCAACCUACCCCUGGACGCCGUUUACACCCCCACGAACAUCUACUGGCUGUUCUUCAGCGUCGACGGAUACAUGGUAUCAGUAGAACCGUUCGUCUGGAAGGACCUGCAGAAAACGGUUUCGAUGACGAAGCUGUUGAAAUGCGAAUCUCGGUCCAAGCAAGAUACCACAGAACCGUUUUACAUUCAGGCUGUGGGCGAGAUCGAGCAGGUGUAUUUCGAGAAUACCACUCGCCACACUAUGGCCAGCACUAUCUAUAAUGUACACUUGUACCCGUCCGUGUACCUGAAGAACUUCUUGCCGAUCGACAUCAUUAUCUGCCUGCCUGGCACCGCGCAGGAGAGCCUGCUUGAAGCUAGUGCCUCUCUGCAGAUUCCUACGAUUGACCCAUCCAAAUCACAUAUAAUCAUUAAGCUACCUAAUUACUUGGAGAAAGAUUGGUCGUGCAGAGUUGAGAUCCUGGCAAAUCCACCGGAAUUUGCAGUCUGGUCGUUCGAGUCCUUUGACAGCGCACAGAAAGUAAUCUUGGAUCUUGGGAUGCAUACGUCCCACAAGCACGGCUCGAUUAUCAUGGCGCUCUACUGCCCCUUCUGGAUGCUGAACAAGACCGGCUUGAUGCUGUCGUAUAGGAAAUCAAGUAAAGGUGGCAAAGAGCACUCGAGUCCAAUCAAGACCACGGACGAUCACCUGAACGUUCUCUAUCAUCCGGAGCACUUCAAGGGGCCCAUUCUCUUCUCGUUCCGCUCCAAAGUUUUCUUCGGCAAGAAGAAGGCCAUGAUCAGGGUGGAGGAUGGCGAGUGGUCCGACAAGUUCUCCAUCGAUGUCGCCGGCAGCGAGGGUGUGGUAGCCUGCAAGUACAACGGAAUGACAUACCAGAUCGGAGUGCACAAUCAGCUGACGUAUAACUCGUUGACCAAGCAGAUCACAUUUACGCCAUACUACAUUCUCAUCAACAACGCGGACUUCCUCAUAGAAUGCCAGGAGGGCGACCGACCAGCCGACCCAAUGAUCAAGGUACUUCCCGGCGAAUGCGCAGCCUUGUGGCCUCGUAGCGAGCAAGAGAAUAAGACUAUGAAGGCGAAGGUCUCGGGUCAACCUGAGAAAACUGCCGCUUUCGUUUACACAGACAGCCACACGACUCUGUUAAAACUGGACAAUAAGUAUGGAGGGAUCAACGUGGACGUACAGAUUAACGAGGGCGGCGUUUACAUUUCCAUGUCGGCUUACACUCCAGGCAACGCGCCGGCUUUAAUUAUGAACCAUACAUCGUACACUAUCAAUGUCUGGGAGAAGAGUUCGAUCAACGUCAGGUCUGUGCAGUCGUUCAACAGGAUGUUUUACACCUGGGAAAAUCCAGCGGGCCCACGGAAGAUAGUCUGGGAAGACAACAAUUGUAAAGAAAUCGAAGACAAUUUGAGAAAGGAUAACCUCGGUGCCUUCCAACUGCCGGACAUAAACGAGGAGAUAUUCUACGUGUCGUUCUUGGAUGGCACGCAGCGAGUGCUUCUGUUCACGACCGCUCUGAAGAUCGCCGAGGACUGCCAACUGGCCGGCGAUCUGGAGAUUAUCGAUCAAGAAAUCACGAUGAACAUUCACGGUAUCGGCUUCUCCCUCGUGAACAACAUCACCAAGUCCGAAUUGUUGUACAUGUGUAUCGCCAGCUCUGGAAUUAUAUGGGAGACGUGUAAGAACGUGGGCGGUCGAUGGCGAGCGUUAAACGCCAAGGAGGUUAACGCCAUCGAGGAAGGCUAUCAACACUACCUGAAGGAACUGCAAAUCAAUCAGGAGGCGGAUUAUCGAAUUAUGUUGGAGCCGAAACUAAUGGUGGAUUACUUGCACAUGGAGAUGCUGAGGCCACACCGCAGGUAUAUACGACGUACCUUCCAGACUGGCCUCUGGCUGCAAUAUCGCACCUCGGCGCACCAGGUCCAAAUGCACGCGAAGAUCAAUCGUCUUCAGAUCGACAAUCAACUGUCGGAGUGCGUCUUUCCGAUCAUACUGGCACCGGUGCCGCCGCCAAAGAGCGUCACGCAGAGCACAGUAAUGAAACCGUUCGCCGAGCUCAGUAUAGUCAAGCGGCUAUUGGAGCACAGCAACGUGCAACAAUUCCGCUAUUUCAAAGUGCUCAUACAAGAGUUUCACAUCAAGGUAGACAUCGUCUUCAUAAACGCGAUAAUGGGUCUCUUCGAGGCGAAUGAAGUGAACGACGCGGAAGAAAGCGCGUUAUUCCGAAGUGACAUGGAACUAGUUAACGAGCCGCUGAUGUACCACGUCAGCCUGAUCACCACGGCCGAGCAGAAGAACUUCUUCGACUUGUUACACUUCUCGCCACUCAAGAUACACAUCAGUUUCUCCAUGACCGGCAGCGGUGGUGGACCCUCGGCGUUGCCGCAAGUACUUAACGUGUUGUUGCAAGGGAUCGGCGUGACGCUGACAGAUAUCAACGACAUCGUCUUCAAGUUGGCGUACUUUGAGAGGAGCUAUGUGUUCAUGACUCACAAGCAACUCUCCUCCGAAGCGACCACGCAUUACGCGGGCCAGGCGAUCAAGCAGGCCUAUGUACUUGUGCUGGGACUUGACGUUAUCGGCAAUCCCUACGGACUCGUCGUAGGAACGAUGAAGGGUAUCGAAGACCUGUUUUACGAGCCUUUUCAAGGAGCCAUACAGGGCCCAGGGGAGUUUGCGGAGGGUCUGUAUCUCGGGGUGCGCAGCAUGCUGGGUCACACCGUCGGCGGAAUGGCAGGCGCUGUAUCGAAGAUCACAGGAGCUAUGGGCAAGGGUAUCGCUGCUCUGACGUUCGACAAGGAUUACCAACGCAAGAGGCAAGAGCAGCUCAACAAGCAACCCGCCAAUUUGCAGGAAGGUAUCGUGCGAAGCGGAAAGGGCUUAGUGAUGGGUGUAGUCGAUGGUGUGACCGGUGUGGUGAUGAAGCCUAUAUCAGGAGCGAAAGAGGAAGGGGUGGAAGGAUUCUUCAAAGGUUUCGGGAAAGGCGUUGUUGGUCUCGUCACCAGGCCUACCGCCGGCGUGAUCGACUUUGCGAGUGGCUCCUUGGGAGCGGUUAGACGGGCCACCGAGCUGAGCGAGGAAACGAAGAAAGUACGGCCGCCUAGGUUUUUGCAGCCUGACAGUCUCGUCAGGUCGUACAUCAAAGACGAAGCCGAAGGCAAUAAGAUCUUGAUGGAAUUGGAUAAGGGAAAAUACGCACCCACCGACGUCUACGUAUAUCACGUGUUCAUUAACAAAGACGUGCUACUGCUCACCGACAAAAGAUUGUCGUAUCUCGAGCGCAGUGACUUGUUAGGUGGCUGGCGGGUCGACUGGACUCACACCUGGAAUGAAUUCAGCGAAUUGCCGAAAAUUGUAGACAGGGGCGUACAGAUCUUCACCAAAGACGCCAGCAAAAAAAAGAAGCUUGGUAAUCUGUUCGGCAGCGCGGAUCAGUCGAAGAUAAUCUUAAUAGCAGAUCACAAUAUUAAACAGUUAUUAUGCAGCAAGAUGCAAGAGCAGAUGAAUCAGUACGGCGUAUAACAGAGGAACACACACGCGAAAUGCUUGAGCAGCUUCGAAAAGGAAGAAAACGAGAUUUCUGAGUGAAGGAAAAAAAGAAAAAAAAGGGGGGAGGGAAGAUAUGCUUCUUUACUUCCGAGACGCUUUGCGAAUGAGCCCGCACAAUUUCUACGCGCACUUUCUACGAAUGUUACUUAUAAGACUGAUUCUACGUAGCCGUGACAACCUUAGCCAGAAAGACACCAGCUGUAUCGAGAAACUGAUCGCGAAAGAAACACGUGGUAUCUUUUUUACUUUUUAAUCACACAAAGGAAAACUUACGGGGAAGUCUUUUGUUGUCGGUAUCGGUACCGAGCGAGAAGUAUUAGGUUGUGGUGUGAACGAUUCGUCAGGUGGAACUUAACCAAUAGAAUUGUACAGUUCGGAGAUAACUUUUAUUGAUCAAGAUAGUCACGAUCGAGUGACUUCGGCACACAGUUUUUUUUACUUAACGAGAGGAAGUUUUUCAGUAGCCCUUUUUCAAAGAACUCGAAUGAGUAGGUUCACUUAAAAAAUAUAUAUAUAUAUAAAUAACAGUACUUAAUGGAAAGAGAAAAAAACUUCGAAAUUACGCACCAAGCAACUACCGGUAAUCAAUAGUUGAACAUCACGGGAACAUGAAUAUGAAGGAAUAAUUUUCUCGUUGAAUUUCGUCGAGCAUUCAUAGUGUUCCACGCGCACGUAUCGCACUCGAAACAACGAUUCAAGAGUGAAUCGCCUUAGUCGCAACAGAGAGUUACCAUUUGAUCGUAUCGUCAGAGACUUACAUAGUUCGCGACGGUCAUGAAAUGGAGUGAAUCCACUAGUCGAUAAGAGACCGUGUGAAUGUAAAAACGCGAAGUUACGUAAUGCUAAGUAAUAGAGCAAAGAAAGUAAAAGAAUUCCAUUCGCAGCACGUUCGCAAGUGAGAAAACUAAAGCUGGGCGCACACUGAGCGAACGAACAGCGAAUGUGUAAUGUGAAUGUAUAUGAUCGAUCUAAAUACGUACGAAUCUUCUUUCGUAAGCCACUUUAUGAACUUUAUGAAUUGGCCCGAAAUGUUUUGCUCGGAUUCGUUGUAAUGCACACACAUUUUCCAAAUUGCACAACGAAAAUUUGCAUUCGCUGUUCGUUCGCUCAAUAUGUAUUCGGCUUAAAACGGUACGUAAGAUCAUUUAUAUAUAUAUAUAUAUAUAUAUAUAAUCGUUGAGAUUUUGUCAAAACUCAUUACACAGAGAAGGAUUUAACAAACGUUCAGUUGUAAUCUACUAAAGAGGAACUAAGGAAUUCCACAUCACGAACUACAUUGUUAAUCAUUGUUUAUAAGUGCAAAAUGAGCGUAAUCCUAAGCAGUACGUUCGUCUAUAAUCAAAGCAGUAGUACGCUUAAUUACCAUUUCUCCUAAAGACGUUCGGUGGAGAUGAAUUGUUGAGAGAUUUGCCACGAUCGCUACCGACCUGUUGUUGAGAUGUAAUCAAUUUUAUUACUGAGCUUUAACGCUUAACCAGAGAGUGCACGUGAUAUAAUUCUACCUCGUUACUAAAACGCUACUUAUUAAUAAAUUAUCACAACACAAACGAAUUUAAAAUUAUUACCAUAAUAAUUCCUUAACAUAAUCUCUUCGUAAUCCAUUUUUCGGCUAAAUUGCUGUUUCUACGAGAUAUUUUAACGACGGCUUUCAACAUGUGUUUAUUGCGUUUAUUAUGCAUAUUAUUAUGUAUUAUAAUUUGACUAUCAUCCU